AUGCGCUUUACCUCGUCGACCAACAAGCCAGCGAUGGCCGCCGUCACGCAUUCCACGGGCGACGCUGGCUUGGCUACUUAUGCUCGCUCGUUCGCUGUUUCAGAGGACGAACCGACGUCGUCGAGUGCGCAGCGCAUCGACGUCUUUUGGGCGACUGCUCCGGCGAUGGGAUUGACUGGAGGAGAGCUCGAUGAUCACAGAUCUGCGUCUACCCAGCAAUCCUACGCGAUCGUCAAGAGCCCGCAUCUCAGACGCGCAGGCCAGGAAACUCAACUCGACAUUCUUAACCAGGUUCUCGGGGUCAUUGGGCGGCAAUUCGCGACCCCCUCAAACCACCGGAGGCAUGCGCGGGGCCCCUGGGAUGAGGGCACCCUUGACCUACCUGGUCAGGUUCUCGGGGUCAUUGAGAAUGGGGAGAGACCACGCCCGCUUGAACCAGGCGAGGCCACGCCCCCUCAACUCGAGGAUUUCGCUCGAAUUUCCACCUCAUUCAGGAAUCGCCGACUGACGCACUAUACAGCGUUUUUGUGUAACCCCCGAACCGCCGGAGGCAUGCGCGCGGUCCCACGGAUGAGGGAUGCGGCUAUUGGGGAACGCGCGGCUUCAAAGGAACGCGCGGCUUCUGAGGAACGAGCGGCUGUCGAGAUGACGAGGGCGAGUGCACGCGCACGGGGCGACAGGCGCUCGCGGCCGCGAAGAGGCGCGAGCACGCGGAGAGUUGUUGCGAAAACGCCGCCGACGGAUCGGGGAACGCUGUCGAUGCGAAACUAUGCCAUGCGUGAGAGGGAUUUUUUGAGGAGUGGAUAG